AUGCACCCUGUCUCUCUGCCCGCCCCGCCGCCGCGGCCCCACAGCGCCGCGCCCGCCGCGCUGCAACCCAAGCAGGCUGCCCCGCACGGCUGCGACAGCGCGCAGCCGCAACCGGGCGCCGCGGGGCGCGGCCCGCAGCGGCAGGGCGACACGGCGCCGGGCCAGCCUCUCGGCGGGCGGCCGGGCGGGGACGGCCCGCACGCUCAGCAGCUGCGAGAGCGCGCGGCGCGGCUCGUAGCGGGCGCGUUCGCGUCGGCGCGCGGCGGCGGCGGUGGCGGCCCGGGCGCGGCGGUCGGCGGCGCGAUGGCGGAGGGCAUGCGGCGGCAGCUGUGUGACGACGCGAUGACCAUGCUGGUGCUGUGGGCGACACGGCAGGAUUAUGAUGCGGCCGUAGAGGCGCUGCUGAACGAGUGGGCGGGCAUCCUCGGCAUCUCGGCCGAGGUAAUGGCGGAGAAGGUGGAUCUCGCGAUGACCUGCAAUCUGCGGAAGCCGGUCCUCAACCGCUACGCGUCGGCCGGCGGCGGCGGCGGCGGCGGCGGCGGCGGCGUUGCUGCGGUCGCAGCGCCCGCGGCGCCGACCGCGGCGGCGCUGGGGGGCGGCGUCGGCUACUCAGGCUACGAGCCGGCGGCGGGCGGCGGCGGGGAGGGGGUGGGGGCGAAGCGGAUGCACUCGGGGGAUAUCGGGGGCGGCAGCAAGAAGGCGAAGCAGGCGUCUGCAAGCAACGACCUGUCUAUGUUUGAGGGGGUCACGCGCCAGGAGGCGAUGGUCGGGCGCAAGGGCGACGCCCAGGCGGCGGGCGGCGCAACGGCAGCAGCGGUCAAGCGUUACUGGCCGGCGGACGCUGCGAAGAACAAGGGGGAUCCGUGGUUCAACGCGGUGGUGACUGACUACGAUCCGGUGCAGAAGGUCCACGUCCUGACCUACAGCCUGGGCACCCAGCGCGAGGAGCGCGAAGACAUUGACAUUUCAAAGCUGCACCAGGGCUCCAUUGACAUGUGA